CUGGGUUGAGAUUUUAGAGUCGAGAGAGAACACCCCAGCAGGUCGAACUCAAUUCAGUCUCGCAUGGAAUCCAUAGAACCUCUGAUCGCUCAUGUUCAAGGGCUUUCGAGUAGUGUCGAUGAUAUCUGUCAUCUUCACAACCUCCUAAAACAGGCCGAGGAAUCUCUCCAAUCUCAGGCGCCUCGAUUAGCCCUUGUUCUGGAGCAGCUUGACCCUUCCAAGCAUUCUCUCGGCUAUCUCUACAUCUUGGAGGCAUAUACUUCUGCUCCUAUCCAAAAAGAGCAAGCUAGUGAGCUUGUUGUUUACAUUGCUAACUUCAUCAAUACUUGUUUGUCAGACCAGAUACAGUUGGCACCUGAUAAGUUUACAUGUGUGUGCAAGAGGUUCAAAGACCAAGUUUUGCAGCUUGAAGCACCAGUUCGGGGUGUAGGUCCUUUGCGGGCGGCUGUUAGAAAGCUUCAGACUUCUUCUGAACAUUUAACUGCUUUGCAUCCAGAUUUUCUUCAACUUUGCUUACUGGCGAAGUGCUACAAAACUGGUAUCUGUGUUUUGGAAGAGGAUAUUUUUGAGGUGGAUCAGCCUAGGGAUUUCUUUCUUUACUGCUAUUACGGGGGGAUGAUAUGCAUAGGACAGAAGCUUUUCCGUAAAGCUAUGGAGCUUUUACACAAUGUUGUUACUGCACCUAUGUCAAGUACAAAUGCUAUAGCUGUUGAAGCAUACAAAAAGUACAUCUUGGUUUCCCUCAUCCAUAAUGGGCAGUUUUCUACUGGUUUUCCCAAGUACACAUCUUCAGUGGCUCAAAGGAGUAUGAAGAACUUCUCUCAGUCUUACGUUGAUUUGGCAAAUAGUUAUAACACUGGGAAGAUUGCAGAAUUAGAAAGCUGUGCUGAGACAAACCGGGAGAAGUUUGAAUUGGACAACAAUCUUGGAUUAGUAAAACAAGUUGUAUCUUCUCUAUACAAGCGAAACAUCCAAAGAUUGACACAGACAUACUUGACUCUUUCACUCCAAGAUAUUGCCAAUACGGUGCAACUGAGGACUCCUAAGGAAGCAGAGAUGCAUGUGCUUCAAAUGAUUCAAGAUGGUGAGAUAUUUGCUACAAUUAAUCAGAAGGACGGAAUGGUCAGCUUUCAUGAGGAUCCUGAGCAGUACAAGACGUGUGAGAUGAUUGAGCAUAUUGACUCAUCAAUUCAAAGGAUGAUGGCACUGUCGAAGAAACUGAAUGCUGUGGAUGAAGUUAUCUCGUGUGACCCAGUUUAUUUGGCAAAGGCUGGGAGGGAGCGGCCCAGAUUUGAUAUUGAUGACUUUGAUACCGUACCCCAGAAAUUCAACAUGUGAAACAUUCAGGCCUAAGUCGUAUAUAUUUGUCAGAAUACUCAAGUUGCUGAUUAGUGCAUAUUGAAGAAAAAGAUGCUAUGCGACAUUGCUAAUGUCGAUGGCAAUGCAGGUCCUGGUCUCGAUCUUGCCAAGUCAUAAUUGGUUCUUUUAGGUGUAUAAUGUUUAAAUAGCAGUAGGGGCUGUCAUUUCUUGUUAUAUGAAUUUCAUUUUCUUUUCAAUCUUU